CUGCCACAAGCCUGAAAACUGAUCUGUGACCUUGAGCCUGGUGUCAGGGGCAUCCAGCAGCUGGCUGACGCGUGAUAUUAACAUCCGACACGCUGGGCAUUGUGCGAGGGCCGAGGGUGGCAUCGGUGCCUCUGAUUACACAGGAUAAGGACUCGUUGGCACUGCAGCCAUUACACCUGGUUUCUGUCUGAGCUGAGGGCGGUGGGGUGAUGGGACUAUUCACACUUGCCGGGGACAUAGCACUUUUUGUGAAGACAAGAGGCCUCAGCCGACUUCUCAGUAUGUUGUACAAGGAGAGGACACAUUCCCAGACGCUGCCGUCCGAGCCAGCCUUCUCUAUGGGAGUAGACCUCCGCAGCAGAGUGUUCCAGUUUGUGGAAGAACGGCUCCAAACCACCAUGCUGACGGGAAUCCUGAUUGGGGCUGUGGUUGCACUGUCCCUUAUUGGGAUAGUCGUGUUCAUCAUCUACAAGAGAUUCCGACAAUCCAAGCAGCAUCAGCCGGAGGUAUCGCGCUACCGUUUCCGCAAGAGGGACAAAGUGAUGUUCUAUGGCCGAAAGAUCAUGAGAAAGGUCACUACUCUGCCAAACACUCUAGUUGGGAACACGGUUUCAAGACCCAGAUCGAGGAAAAAAGUGCGAGUCCUGACGUUGGCUAAAAGAAUACUGAGAUUUAAGAAGGAAUAUCCCACCCUACAGAAGAAGGAACCGCCCCCCUCUCUCCUGGAAGCGGAUCUCACAGAGUUUGAUGUUAAAAACUCUCACUUGCCUUCAGAGGUCCUUUACAUGUUAAAAAAUGUGCGGGUCCUGGGUCACUUUGAGAAGCCAUUGUUCCUGGAGCUCUGCAAGCACAUGGUGUUCCUGCAGCUGCAUGAAGGGGAAUAUAUCUUUCGCCCAGGCCAGCUGGAUAACAGUAUCUAUGUGGUCCAGGAUGGGAUGCUGGAAGUCUGUAUACAGGAGAGCGAUGGGAACGACAUGGUAGUGAAGGAAGUACUAGCCGGAGACAGUGUACACAGCCUGCUCAGUAUUCUAGACGUCAUAACGGGACAUCCGGCUCCUUAUAAAACGGUUUCAGCCAGAGCCGCCACAGCGUCCACCAUUCUCCGGCUUCCGGCAAACGCUUUCCAAGACGUGUUUGCCAAAUACCCAGAGACACUUGUCAGGGUCGUGCAGAUCAUCAUGGUGAGGCUGCAGAGGGUGACCUUCCUGGCUCUACACAAUUACCUUGGUCUGACCACUGAGCUCUUUAACUCGGCGGUGGAAUCCAGGGACUCAGCGCCGGGGGAGAAGGAGAGCCAGGCAAUCCCCCUGUUGUCGGUAGCCAGCCUCACUUUGGGUACAGGGAGUGGCAAGAUGGUCCGAAAACAAAUGUCCUCCGUCUCCAUUGAAGAGGAUCCUGCAGAGAAGGUGGAGAAACCCGCUGAGCUUCCGCCAGACCAAGAUGCAGAAAUUCUGGACCCCAGUAAAUUCUCUGCAGCCGACGGCUCAGGCUCAGGUCAUCGUAGAAGUCGGUCGUCUUCAAGUCUAGCCGAAAUCCCAGGCAGCCCCAAAGCGGGCAAAUCUGACAUGGACAUGGCGUACGAGAGAGCGCGGGUGAGCCUUACCCCGGAUGACCUCCCUCCGAGUCCCGUCAUGAACAAGCCAAUCCUGAAGAAGACUGUGACGGUUACAGAGACCCCGUCCGCUGUUUAUCAUUACAAGGAGGAAGAUCUUAUGAUCCCAGAAUUUAGUGUCAACAGGCACCUGAACGCAAUGUUCGAGGCUGCGAGAAAAGAUCUCUGUACGCUUAUGAAACUUCAGGACCCAUCUCUGCUGAAGGGAAGAGUGACCCUGCACCAGGUCAAGGGCGGCGCGCUCCUGUCCAGACAAGGAGACCAGGACGUCAACAUCCGUUUUGUAAUCACCGGGCUGCUCCAUGUGUACCAGAGGAAGAUAGACAGCGAGGAGGAGACCUGCCUGUUCAUCACCCACCCGGGGGAACUGGUGGGCCAGUUAGCUGUACUGACCGGAGAGCCGCUUAUCUUCACCAUUAAAGCCAACCGUGACUGCACUUUCCUGUCCAUCUCCAAGUGCCACUUCUAUGAGAUAAUGCGGGAGCAGCCCAGCGUCGUAUUGGGUGUAGCCCAUACGGUUGUAAAGAGAAUGUCCCCUUUUGUGAGACAGAUCGAUUUCGCCUUGGACUGGAUGGAGGUUGAGGCUGGGCGUGCAGUCUACAGGCAAGGUGAUAAGUCGGACUGUACCUACAUCGUGCUUAAUGGUCGACUCCGCUCAGUCAUCAGGAAGGAUGAUGGGAAGAAGCAGCUGACCGGUGAAUACGGCCGAGGAGACCUCAUUGGAGUGGUGGAAGCCUUAACCCACCAGCCCAGAGCGACAACCGUCCAUGCCGUACGAGACUCCGAGCUCGCUAAGCUGCCGGAGGGCGCUCUGACAUCCAUCAAACGCAAGUUUCCCCAGGUGGUGACCCGGCUCAUCCAUUUGCUCGGAGAGAAGAUUCUUGGCAGCUUGCAACAGGUCAGCGGGCCACUUACAGGUCACAGUCUGGGGCUUCACACCACCGGCAGUAAGUGGGAUUCCGGCAAUCCAGCCAGUAACCUAUCCACGGUAGCCAUUCUGCCCGUGUCCGAGGAAGUUCCUCUCACCGCCUUCACGCUGGAGCUGAAACACGCGCUCAGCGCAGUAGGCCCCACGUUGCUGCUCACCAGUGACAAUAUCAAGCAACGCCUGGGAUCGGCCGCCUUGGACAGCGUCCACGAGUACAGACUGUCCAGCUGGCUGGGUCAACAGGAGGACAUCCAUCGAAUUGUCCUUUACCAGUCCGACUACUGCCUAACGCCGUGGACCCAGCGCUGCAUUCGUCAGGCUGACUGCAUUCUGAUCGUGGGUCUGGGGGAGCAAGAGCCCACCGUCGGAGAGCUAGAAAAGAUGUUGGAGAACACGGCCGUCCGAGCUCAGAAGCAGCUGAUCCUGUUGCAUAAAGAAGAUGGGCCUCCACCAUCGCGCACCGUGGAGUGGCUCAAUAUGAGGAGCUGGUGUUCAGGCCAUCUGCACCUAUGUUGUCCUCACCGGGUGUUCUCCAAGAGGAGCCUGCCCAAACUGAUUGAGAUGUUCGAGCGAGUGUCCCAGAAGCCACCAGACCGUCAUUGUGACUUCUCACGCCUGGCCCGUGUCCUUACUGGGAACACCAUUGCCCUAGUACUGGGAGGAGGAGGAGCCAGGGGCUGCUCUCAAGUAGGUAUCAUCAAAGCGCUGACUGAGUGCGGGAUUCCUAUCGAUCUGAUUGGAGGGACGUCUAUCGGGUCGUUCAUGGGGGCGCUGUACGCAGAGGAGCGCAGCUUCAACCGCAUGAGAAUCCGGGCCCGGGAAUGGUCCAUGGACAUGACAUCCGUCUACAAGAAGGUCCUAGACCUAACCUACCCCAUCACCUCCAUGUUCUCCGGAGCCGCCUUCAACAACAGCAUCAGCUGUAUCUUCAAGGACAAACAGAUUGAGGAUCUCUGGAUCCCGUACUUCAACAUCACCACGGACAUCACCGCCUCUGCUAUGAGGGUGCACACAGACGGUUGUCUGUGGCGAUACGUCCGUGCCAGUAUGUCUCUUUCUGGGUACAUGCCCCCACUCUGUGACCCCAAAGAUGGCCAUUUGCUGAUGGACGGAGGAUACAUCAACAAUCUCCCAGCUGACGUGGCCCGUUCCAUGGGUGCUAAAGUGGUCCUAGCUAUCGAUGUGGGCAGCAGGGACGAGACUGACCUCACAAACUACGGAGACGCCCUGUCCGGCUGGUGGCUGCUGUGGAAGAGGUGGAAUCCGCUGGCAGAAAGAGUCAAGGUGCUGAACAUGGCGGAGAUCCAGACCCGCCUGGCGUACGUGUGCUGCGUGCGGCAGCUAGAGAUGGUGAUGAACAACGAGUACUGCGAGUAUAUCCGGCCGCCCAUCGACCGAUAUGGAACGCUGGAAUUUGGAAAGUUCGAUGAGAUCUGCGAUGUGGGCUACCAGCACGGUAAGACCGUAUUCAACGUCUGGGGCCGCAGCGGUGUCAUUGAGAAGAUGCUGAAGGACCGCCAAGACACGGGCAAGUCCAAAACCUCUGAUCUGAACACUUGCCCUAAUGCCUCUUUCACGGACCUGGCGGAAAUCGUGUCCAGAAUUGAACCCGUGAAAACAGCUGUUGUGGAUGGAGAUGAGUCGGAUUAUCAGACUGAAUAUGAAGAGGAAGAUAUUUCAGACUUGAAGAAAGAGGAUUAUCUCAAUUUCUUGAGUACCCAAAGUAAUGACAACGUCUCGGAUAGUGACGAGGAGGCAGAUAUGGACCUGCGGCAGCGGCUUUCAGUGGCCAGACGCCGCGGCGGAGACAGGACGCAGGAGAACAGCUGAGCCGAUUGAGAAACUGGAGAGGUGGUCCGCCUUUACCGUCUGUGCUCCGGGUCCCUCCUCCUCGUACGGUCCUGGCUGUAGUUCUUGUGGGCGCUAACCUCUCCAUAGCAUGCGGUGACUGGUCGGGGGCCAAUAACCGUAGUGGUCAGGUGACCUCUAUGCUCGCUUUGUACGGAGGUCACGGAGAACCAAACAAGAUAACAAAACUAUAAAGCCUUAACUACAUUUCAUGUUUUGUUUAUGGCAGUGGUUUGAGAUGAUCAAUCUAUUUCUAAGUUAUAAUACAAAGGGAGUCAUUACAUAAGAAUAACCAAUAUGGCUACAUUAUAUUAGGCUUCCGGUGCAGUCACUGUUGGCCAUCAAUGAUCACUGUAGGAGAACACUCAUAUAUUGCUCGUUAGAUAAUAGAGAUCUGUGUUCAUUUGUUCGGCUUCCGUUCAUUUGUUACCAGGAGUGAGUCUAUUGAAUAGAAGUGACACCAAAUUGGGCUUUUAAUCUGAGUGCUUUUGUUAGAUGCCGAGUAUAAACCAGGAACCCACAUGCACCAUUAGUAAUGGAGUCAGCUCUAUUCUGAAGGUGUGCCUAACCCUGUACUCGGUCAUGAAAAGGGGCUGAAGUGAGGUCCGUUGUGCUUGGAAGAGAAAAACCGAUUUGUGGAACUGGAAAACAGAACAGAAUUAGUAAAUGUGAUUAAGUUGUAGCAGAAACAACCCCUGAUGUCUCUCCAAGAACCUGGAACGCCAGCUAGAAAGGCAAGACUUACUUGUAGCGGGGCAAACCCAGGGAUGAACACCAUUCGGGCUAUAUAAUAUAGACAUGGAUAAACCAUUAGCAGCCCGUUACAGAAUUUGCAGGAAUUUCAGAUAAAGUAAAAAACUUUUUAAAAAUGUUCACUCUCGGGCUAUUUUUUUUUUUUUUUCCAAACUUUAUUAACAAAGUUGAAACAGGGCUGAUAAUACUGGAACUAACAGACACUGGGCCUUAUGUAAUAGAGAAAGUACAGUAAAGUUGCUGUAACCGGUAGCAGCCAAUAAGAUUAUAGCUUUUUGGGCGUGACCAGACUAGACUGCCAAGUAUUGAUAUCUGAUUGGCUGCUGCACAUUUGUCUUCACGCCACUUCAGUUGUAGCUAAAUUUGGGGGGUUCCUUAUGCAAUAAAAUGAUCAGGAAAUUACAAUACAGUCUCCUCAUCUACUAAGCCGUAGGCCAAGCCAAUCAACGGGAAGGGAAGUAUAUAGUUUUCCAGGUUUUCUCCGGCAUAGAAUUCUAGGUUAAGGUCUUCCUAUCAUAGAGUGUAAGAAAUUAUUAAUAUAGAUUGGACCAGUCUCUCGCAUACCAACCCCGAAUCCUGAUCUGCUGAUUUGCACACAAAGUCUAAGCGGGUGGCUGAUUAUAGACAGUAAUAUUUAUUUCUGAUAAAAGAGACAGCCCUCCGCCUAAUGUGAGUUUUUGCCCAGCCAACCUGUACGUGCCUGCACUUUACCCAGCUGUCUAGCAUGGUGGCUGCCAUCUUGUUUCAGUCGUUGCCAAAAUUUAAGUUUUUUUUGUCCCUGCUCAGCAGUGAACUGUAGAACAGAGUACCUCCCACACACACACACACACACACACACACACACACACACACACACACACACACACACACACACUUCCCCUCCAGCAGUUGUGGAACCACAAGUACCAGAAUGCCCUCCCAACACUAGUUGUGCUAGGACUUGUAGUUCAACAACAGUUGGAGAGCCACUGGUGCACAUGGCUUGUGCUGCAAAUUCUCCACCCUCCUAACCCAACGGCGCGUUUCUCCUAGACAAUGGUUCGCGUUCUUUUUGUGCCUUUUUAUAGAUGGUUUAUUGGCUUCCAGAUUCCAACGCUGACCCUACUACUGGCCAAAUACGGAUCUGCCUGACCGGGGAGCUGUAGAGAUCACGUGUGGGUGACGCGUCUGGCUGAGUGAGCAGGGUAUUUGGCUGUGUAAUAGCAGGGGUGUACUGUAUAUAAGGAAUGUGUGUGUCACCUGUGUACAAACACAUUUUAUAAAUAAAAGGCUGUUGGAGAUUGA